AUGAUUAACGGUAACUGGAAGGGUGAAUCGGGACGGACGCACCAAACUCCAGAAAACCCCAAUUUCGUUGCCCCAAUUACCAACGUGACAUCAGCUGUUGGUAGAGAAGCGAUAUUAACGUGUAUAGUUGAUGAAUUAGGAAUUUACAAGGUCGCCUGGCUACAGGUGGACACGCAAACCAUUCUGACCAUUCAGAAUCACGUAAUCACGAAAAAUCAUCGUAUUGCCGUAACGCACAGUCAGCACAAGACCUGGUUUCUACAUAUUAAAGAGGUUAAAGCUUCCGAUCGGGGAUGGUAUAUGUGUCAAAUUAACACUGAUCCCAUGAAGAGCCAAGUUGGAUAUUUGGAUAUUGUGGUUCCACCUGAUAUUCUUGACUAUGCAACAAGCAGCGACGUAAUUGUUAGAGAAGGGGCACAUGUAAACUUAAACUGUGUGGCUGAUGGUACUCCUAUUCCAGUUAUUACAUGGAAAAGAGAAAAUGGAGAAUCCAUAUCCUUAGCAAGUGGCAAGAAAGUUGCAGUGGCAGAGGGACCGUCACUAAAUCUGACCAGGGUGAACCGAAGGGAGAUGGGCGCAUAUUUAUGCAUCGCAUCUAAUGGGGUGCCUCCGUCAGUUAGCAAAAGGAUUAUGGUCGUUACACAUUUUCCCCCAAACAUAUGGAUCAAAAAUCAACUUGUAGGAGCAUAUGAAGGCCAAAAAGUUAUUUUAGAGUGUCACUCUGAGGCCUGGCCAAGAUCGAUUAAUUAUUGGACUACUGAAAAUGGGAUCAUAAUUUCACAUAAAGGUGUAAAAUACGAUAUCCACCAAGAGAUACAGUCAUACAAAACCUACAUGAAAAUAAUAAUUUCCAGCGUAUCAAAUUCAGAUUAUGGAAAAUAUAAAUGCGUCGCCAAAAAUCAGCUAGGAGAGACUGAUGGGACAUUACAACUUUUUAGGAUACCGAAACCUUCCAUGUUGUCAAAAAAUGGCGACUCAAAAGGAAAAACGGCGGACUCGAGACUGCUACAGGACGUAAAUUAUAUCAAUUCUUUUAGCGGAAAUUUCAGAGUGUUACCUUUAUUGUUUCGUUUAUCAGUGAUUGUAUGUUUAAUGAUGUAAUUAUAUAUAUUUAUGGUGAAACAGUAUUAUAUUGUUAA